UGCUUGCUUUUCUCCCCGCAGGGAUUAUCUACGAUGUGAUUGUGGAACCUCCCAGCGUGGGGUCGAUGACAGACGAACACGGGCAUCAGAGGCCGGUGGCCUUCUUGGCAUACAGAGUAAAUGGGCAAUAUAUUAUGGAAGGGCUCGCAUCCAGCUUCCUCUUCACAAUGGGUGGCCUAGGAUUCAUAAUUCUGGAUCGAUCCAAUGCACCAAAUAUCCCCAAGCUGAAUAGGUUUCUUUUGCUCUUUAUUGGAUUUGUCAGUGUGCUUUUGAGCUUCUUCAUGGCCAGAGUUUUCAUGAGGAUGAAAUUACCGGGCUACUUGAUGGGUUAGUACCUCUUGUGAUAUAUGCAAGCCUAAGCUGAAAUUACUCCUCUUCGUGAAGCGGUUAAGAAGCAGCAGCAAGAAACAAAUUCCAUCAUUACCAUCAACAGGAAAGAGACCUGGCCAUG